AUGCCCGCUCCUUACGCCUUUGUUUCCCUCGUCACCUCCGACCACUAUCUUCCCGGCGCCCUCGCCCUCGCCGCCGCCCUCAAGGACCUGCACCCCACACCCCCGACGCCUCCCGAGGUCGACUUCCAGACCCUCUGUAUCGUCACGCCCGAGGCCGUCGAUGUCUCAACCAUUAAACUCCUUCGCAGGGCAUUCGACGUUGUCGUCGGCGUUGAGCUCAUAGAGCAGGAGGACGAGAAAGGUCUGCAGCUGCUCGGCCGUCCGGAUCUUACUCACGUCCUCACAAAAUUACAUGUAUUCCGGUUGACGCAGUAUACCAAGAUAAUAUUCCUCGACGCAGACGUCCUGCCCAUUCGCCCUCUUUCACAUCUCUUCACUAUUCCGCAUGAAUUUGCCGCCGUACCUGACGUUGGAUGGCCUGAUAUUUUCAACUCCGGCGUGCUCGUGCUGACGCCCGGCCAGGACAAGUUUAGCGACCUCACGAGCCUCCUUCUCACGAAGGGCACUUGGGACGGCGGUGACCAGGGCCUCCUCAACGAGUGGCGCGGCGGCGACUGGCACAGGCUCAGCUUUACGUAUAACACAACCCCAACUGCUGCAUACACUUACGCCCCGGCAUAUGAACGCUUCGGCUCGCAAAUAUCGGCUAUCCACUUCAUUGGGCCUCACAAGCCGUGGUCCUCGAUUCCUUUUCGUGCGCCUGGUACCAAGAACGCCGGCGCGGGCGCCUCCGCGGCGCUGGCUCUUGGCAAGGACGAGGCGCCGCGUACACAGGCGUACGACUUUGACUCGCUCGUCGACCGCUGGUACGACGUGUAUGAUCGGCAUUACCGCUCAGACGCGCCGACUGCGCGCGCGGAGUUUGAGGUGCGGCGAUACGCGUCGGUGUGGGAUGGCGGCAGCGACCUCGGAGCGGAGCUCCCACCACUCGAGGCAGCGGGGACGGUUGCACCGCCCGGAGGCGUGCUUGGCCUAGAGGACCUGCGCCGCAUUGCUGUGGAGGGGAUGAGCCGCUUCGGCGGGUCCGUGUCCGAGACGGAGCAAAGACCGAAGGAGGGCGAGUACCACUCGAUGCCGCUGGAGGGCAGAGUGGAUUUGAUGCGGCCCAAGCGUGAGCCUCCACAUGAGCCUGAGACACAAGAGUCGGAGACGGGGGGCGACCACAGCCAUGAGGGCGAUCGGGACUUGACACCUAGGCAGGAGGAGUAUAAGCCGCUGGAGAAGGGCGAAUGGAGAAUGGAGACGCUGCCGACGCCUGGGCCAAAUGAGCUCCCGCCCGCGCCAUACCACCGUGCCCAUGCGUUCCCCCAAGGAGAAUCACGCUCACCGCCGCAUUCACCGUCGCAUGCACCACCGCAUCAUGGACAGCAGCAACAACACCACACCCACUCUCACCCCGACCACUCGCAUAGCCAGCACCGGUCUAGCCAACCACAACAGCAUUCUCCUUCUCACUCCCCCUCCACGCACUCUCCUCAACGGCAGCACCAUCACCAUCACCAUCACCACCAUCACUCGCCCCCUCGCCCCCCAUCUCCGCCCAAGCUCUCCUGGAACCCUGCGAUCGAGCCGCCACCGAACAACCCCCCUUCUGCCUUUGCCUUCCCCACAGACACCUACUUCCCGAACGUGUGGGACCAGGCACCCUCGCAGUACCAUGACGCGACGCACCAGUCCUUCCCGCCUCACCCGUUGCACGUACCCGCCCCGCACUCGGACGCGUUCUUUAACCCCCCUCCGCCCACGCAUAUACCGGAACACCUCGUGCGCCAAGGCCAAUACGCGAAUGUCAUCGGGCACCUUCCGCAACACGGCGGGCGCGGCACGCCGCCUGAACAGCCGACGCCGGACAGGAGUAAAGUGCACGCAGUGUUUCCGUGGGAGGAGAAGCCGAGGCAUGUCCCGAGGCGCGUGUUCCCCGCGUCCGACUCGCCCCCGCCUGUAGUCAAGUACAUCGAGGAUGAAGUGCCGAAGCCCGCGACCCCACCUCCAGGGCAGGAGCAAGAGCAACAGGCAGACAAUACCGACAUGUCGGACGCGCCCUUCGGCAGCAGUUCCGUGCUGCAUAUGCACACGGCCGCCCCACCCCUCGGCUUGCCGGGCAACCUGGCCUACGCGAACGCGUGGGACACAGUGCCCAGCAUCCAGCGGUACGCGUCGCGCCUCGUGCGGCCGCACCAGCACCAGUUUCCGUUCUUCCACGGACACCACCCGCACCACCCGCACAGUUCUGGGAGCGCGGCAUCGCCAGGGCGCCGUGCGCCGUGGAACGACGACGAGGGGUGGAAGCGCUGGGAGCGCGAGCGCGAGGCGGCGGUGCGCGCGAAGCAGGACGCGAGCAGUAUGGAUGGGGAUGACGAGGACGAGGGCGACGACGAUGAUAGUUUGGACGGGCUGGACAAGCGCGAAGAAGGAAGCGGGACACGGGGCAGUGCGAGCACGAGUGCGAGUGGGAGCGGGAGCACGCCGAAGCGGUCGCGUGCGGGGAGUGCGGGGUCCGCCGGGAGCGCCGGGAAGGGGAAGAAGUACCGCGCACGGGGUGUGCAGACAAUCAUUGUCGAGACGCGCAGCCAGGGCGUGCAGGUGAACACCUUCGUGCAGCUGGAUGCGGGGGCGGCGAAGGCGAAGGACUCGAAGCCCGCGAAGGGUGGCGGAGGGCUUGUGGUGCGCCGCGACGCGGCGUCGAGCCCUUCCAUGCCAACGAUGCUGCUCCCGUCCGCGCUCCCGCCCGCACCUGUGCGCGAGUACAGGAUGGACGCCGCCGACCAAAUGGGCGUCGCGACGCCUGUCGUGUCCCAUGCCUUAAAGCAACAUUUCCCCUUCCCCCCUUCCGGUUCUCCGACUGGUCUGCGCUCGCCCCAGGUGCUCGGUUCCCCGCGUACCUACUCUCCGCCGAAGAGCACGCCGUCGCCGAAGCUCUCCAGGCUUUCGUCUCCGUUCUCGCCGCCCCUCGCUCGCUCGUCCUCGAACGAUACUGCGCUCACUUCGUCGCCGUCGACCCAGGGACCUCUCGCUACACCGAAAAUCACGCCGGAGAGCACGCCUCUCAUGGGCAUCGUGCGCAGAGGUGGACGUGUGUGGGACCCUGCGCGGGGCGUUGACGUGUUCAAACGUGACUCUGAGGAAGUGCUUGCGCGCUUCCUGCGGAUGGGCUCAUUCGAGGAGGACGAGCGCAGGCAGGUGCAGCCAGAGCAAUAG